AUUGGAGGGUUGCUGACUUGACAUGUCCGUUACGCUGGGCCUCGCGCUGUGCGUGCCGUGGCCGAGGACAACGUCACUCUUUUUUCAGCGUCGGGGUUGAACGGACUCGAAGUCUCAUUGAUCGCGAUUACGUUGCGGGGGGGGGGGGAGCUAUAAAUAUAGCACAUCGGAGUCUAUAGAGCACAGUAUAAAAGUCGACAAAAUGUUGGCAUAGCAGAUAUUCCACAAGACACUUCCCCCUCAGCUCGCUAAUAGCAAAAAGAAACAAUACCUGAAAUACUUUCAGUAUGAAUUUAGCUGAUGACUGUAUGCUAAUCUACGACGUAUGGAUUAAAUGUCUCACUCUUAACGUUAUUUGUAGUUCCUUUCAAGAAACCUGUCGUUUUAUUUUAUUCCUCCCGAAGCUACCGAUUUCCAGCAGACUUGUUUUUUCUCACAAAACUCCUGAGGUUUGGUCAUGCGCAGUGCCAACCUGUUGUGAGCGUCGUUGCUAAGCUCGCUGGCACAACAACCAGAGCUAUUGUCAACGUCCCAGGAAAAAAAACAUGGCGAACUUUUAAAUACCACAAUUCUUUAAUUACCCAACCAUUGAGAACUUGCCAAACUACCUUCUACGAGCACACAAACGUGGAGUUGUUUAAAAAACAAACAUCGAAAUACGGCACAUUUGUAUGGUAAACAGGGCGGGGCCCCAGGUCGGCAGCGUCAACAAUAUAAAUGAAGUCACGUGUGGGCGGGGCUGACGUGCGACGUUUUUCUGAUUGGCUGGGAGACACGUUCUGCGCGCCAACCCUGUAGAGUGAGUGGCCUUUCCUGCUGCCAAUCAUGGCGUGCGUCCGGCUGCGUGCACCGCUCGGCCAAUCACGCGGUUUGUUUUUGAGCCCUUAGUGGGCGUGCUGGCGGCAAGCGGGUCCGUGGCCGACAGUCGCGGAAAUUGGUGCAGCUCAGUGGAUGACAGGAUGCGCGUUUGAAAGUUUUCGUGAGGGAAUACGGGCUGGAACGCGAUGGGGAAGAAAAUAACGACAAACCUCUUCCCCUCGCUUUAGUUAGCACGUAUCUUGCAGGGUUUUCGCGGGGUACGAAGCGGGUGCUUCUUGGGUCUAAACAGUGACACUCGUGGGGGGAAAACGUGGCUUGCGUGAUACCAGAAAUAGCGCGAGUGUUUUGGAAGACAACGUGUAAUUGCCCUCCUGGAACAAUACGAUGAGAUCUGAGAAGAUUGAUAGCUUCUCGGAAGCCUAUGGUUAGCUGAUGGACAACAAGCUUUUAAGGGCGUCCCGGGAGUGAAACGCCCGGAGCCGAGCCGACCAGCGCCCGGCGCCAUCGUCAAGCGUGAGUGUCCCUGUGAUGCGAUUUUGCAGUCCCCGCAGUGGACGAAGACCUCGGGCUCUCGCUGUCCCCGGUGUUCAGAUCGUAAGCGGAAUGUGAGGGGAGCCCGCAGCCCCCCUCAUCCCCCUGGAAGAAAAAUAAAACCUGGAAAGCGUCAGACCGACACUGGACAUCUGCAGCAGCCGAGCGAUGGAGGCAGAGCUGCGGAGCGUGACAGCGAAGCCGGCGGAGGGCAGCGGGGACGAUGGGGUGAGGAGAUGGGGCAGAAAGCUUGACCGUUGCGAGGCAGAGGAGAGCGAAGUGAGCAGCGCGGAGAGAGACGGAGGAGAGCUUCUCACACCAGCAGCUGCCGGCCCGUCCACUUCGGCACCGGUACCGUCCUCAUCCCCGUCUGCCCUGCCGGCCCCGGGUUCGACCCCGCUGCACCAGCCCACGUCCUCCCCGAACCUGCCCAGCCAAGACCAGCAUCAUUUCCUCAGGUCCAGCGUCCGACCUCCCAGCAAGCGGCUGAGGAAGGAUGCCGUUGCCUCGGCUGUUAAUGGUCACAGCGGUGCCAAGGGGAAAGGGGCAGAGAACGGGGCCCUGGUACCGGUGGGGUGCGGCCCUUCAGGGUCUCCUGUCGGGUCGGGCGGUGCCACCUCGAAAUCAGCCCCCCGGAGCCUGGGGCCCAACGACAAGGAAGAGGGGAGCCAGAAAAAGGCGCGCCGGCAGUGGGAGUCCUGGAGCGCCGAAGACAAGAACUCCUUCUUCGAGGGGCUCUACGAGCACGGCAAGGAUUUCGAAGCCAUUCAGAACAACAUUGCACUGAAGUACAAGAAGAAAGGGAAGCCGGCCAGCAUGGUGAAGAACAAAGAGCAGGUCCGCCACUUCUACUACCGCACCUGGCACAAGAUCUCCAAGUACAUCGAUUUCAAUAACGUUUACUCCCGGGGGCUGAUGAAGUCGUCCCAGGAGCUUUACGGCUUGAUCUGCUACGCAGAGCUGAGGAAGAAGGUUGGAGGCUGUAUGGAUGAUAAGAAUGCUGCCAAACUGAAUGAGCUCAUUCAGCAUGGGGCAACCACAGUACGCUACAAAGGCAGGAAUUUACGGAUUAAAGCGCCCAUGUGCCGUGCGUUAAAAAAGCUGUGCGAUCCCGAUGGGGUCAGCGACGAGGAGGACCAGAAGCCUGUCCGGCUGCCCCUGAAGGUGCCUGUUGAGCUACAGCCUCGCAGCAAUCACUCCUGGGCCCGGGUUCAGAGCCUGGCACACAACCCACGGCUGAGGAUGGUGGUGGAGCUCCACAGGAAGGUGUCCAGCCUGAUCGAGUUUCUGAAACAGAAGUGGGCAGUGCAGGACCAUCGGAUUAGGAAGAGCCUGGAGGAGAGGCAGGCGCUGGAUGGGGCCCCGCGGUCUCCCUCAAGCGAGGAGCGAGAGGAGCUGUUCCUGUACCCCUCGGAGAGCAGUACUCUGACCGCCCUGCCUGGGGUGGCCCGGGUCGUCCACUCAAAGGCCUUCUGCACUGUGCACUGGCUGGAGAGCGGCAAGUGCCGGCCCGGCAACAAGGAACUCCCCGCUGCCCAGAUCCUGGGCAUCCAGGGGGCCCCCAGGGGGCCGGGGCGCCAGGGGCGGACCGCGGGAGAGCCCCGCCGGGGGGAGAGCUCGGCCGCCGAGGGCGCGGAUGAGGUCCCACAAGCCGGGGCGGAAGAGAGGAGCCAGGAGCCCCCGAAUCCGCCGUCGGGACAGGAAGGGGAGGGGCCCGGAGAGGGCGAGCAGUCGGCCCGGGGGGAGGGGUCCGGCCCCGGGGAGGGGACAGGCAAAGAGGAUGCACUUUCACAAGAGCAGCUCGGGGAUCACGGCGAGGUGGAGAUGGACUCUGAUGAGCCCCCUGUGUCGGAGCCUUUAGCCCCGCACGAGGGGCACAGCCGGGGCGCGGCGUUGCCGGGGAAUGGCCUCUGCGCCGGCGAGCGCCCGUCCGCGAGCACUGAUCCCCCAGAUCCCUCUGGGUACGGUAUGUCGGCGGCGGCCACGGAUCGCGGAGAGGAGAGGAACGUUGCGGCGGGGUCCCAGGAGCAAGGGGCUCCCGAGGGCCCCGCCACCGCCGAGCCCCCGACCGAGGAGGUUUGCACUAAGGAGGACGAGCCCGCGGAGGAGGGCUGCCCCGAGCCCGGGGGGGGCGGCGCGAAGGAGGAGGCGGGGAGGCCGCCCCAGCAGAUCCGGGAGGAGGGCUGGAGCGCCCGCGGCACCGAGAACGUCACGCUGGCUGAACUCUACCUCAUGCUGGGCAAGCCGGGCAAGCUGCAGCUGGAGUACGAGUGGCUGCCGGUGUCCAGGGGGGACGGCGGGCCGCGGCCCAGCCCUCGGGCCCCCAGCACCCACCGCGUGCUCAGGUGUCUGCUCCGGCUGGUCUCCUCCGAGGUCAACCCCAAACCGGCCCCAGAGCUGUGCUCCACUGCCACUUCCCCCAUCAAGCCCGCGGCGGAGGACCCAUCCCUCACCCCCCCGGGGAAGAUCGUGUCCCUCGGGGUGCGCAGUCCCAGCUGCAGCCGGAACCAGGCCGCCGCCGCGCGGGUGGGGAAGAUGCUCUCGCCCACCGCGGGAUCCUCAGGAGCGCGCAAUCUGCCCCGGACCCUGCUGAUCCCGGGGCCGGCCGGCGCGAGGGGCGGGGAGGCGGAAGGCGGCCUGUUCGCCAUCCCCACCACGCUGCCGCCCAACAGCAGGCACGGCAAGAUGUUCUCCCCCAACAAGGAGGCCGAACUGGCCUUCCGGCAGCAGCUCGACUCCAUCAGCAUGCAGUCGGACAUCUUCCUUCCGAAACAGAGGAAGUUCAGGAACCGGCACCUUCGCAAGCCUCUUGUGGUGCAGCGAACGCUGCUCCCCAGAACAGCAGGAGACACCUCGCAACACGUCUGCUCCUUCUCCAUCCUCUCCAACUCCUCUGCCACAGGCACAGGCUCAUUCCGGCCCAUUCAGUCACCUCUGUCCUCGGCACCGGGCUCCCGCCCCGCUAUUUCAGAAGCCAUUCCAGCCCCCAGCUCCAGCCAGCUGUCCAGUACAAUUGAUUUAGCUGCCAAGUCGGCAGGCAUUAUUCCAGACAGCCCUGCUCAGGUCCUUCAGGGCCCCAAAGUGGUUACAGCUGGCAGCUCCAUGUCCUCUGACACCGUGUCCCUGGCAACUGAAAAGGGGAUUCUCAGCCAAACCCCUUCCAUCAGUCCAACAGAGGCCUCUCUACAGAACGGGCCUUUGCCUUCUCCGUCAGCGGGUCCAGACUCCCUCCUGUCCCCUCCCAACAUGUCCUCUCUGCUGGACAUCUCCUUGCCAGGACCUCCAGAAGACGUCCUGUCCCAGGGGGAGCCAACCACUCACAUCAGUGACUCCAUCAUUGAGCUGGCAAUCAGCUCUGCGCAGUACGGCGACGGCUCUUCUCUGUCCCCAGCCAAGCUGAAUGGCAGCGACAGCUCCAAGAGCCUUCCGUCUCCAGCCAGCAGCCCCCACCGCAACUGGAUCGCCUCGCCCACCCACGACCCCCAGUGGUACCCCAGUGACUCCACAGACUCCUCUCUGGGCUGCCUCCUGUCAAGCCUGAUUUCCCCGGAGAAGGGCCGGAAGGUGCUGCUGACGCCCUCGGGCCCCUCCAGCGGGACGUCCCUGCUGGGCCCCAGCCUCCUGGACGGCAGCUCUCGGGACUCGUUCGCCUCGCGCGCGCUGGCCGACGUGGGAGAGGUGGACUCCCAGCUGGCGUGCAUGAUGAGCGAGAACAGCGUGGAUUACAUCGCCCGCUUCAACGACCUGGCGCAGGAGCUCUCCGGCGCCGAGCCGCCCCCUCGGCCCCCGACCCCCCCUCCCCAGGGCGGCACGGGCUGAGCGCGGAAUGGGGGCGGGGCAGGAGCCCCCGGGGGGGGGGAUGCCUACACGGGCAGGCGCUGUCCCCCGAACGCGAGCAGACGAGCCGGGGGACUCUGCAGAAAAAGUUUGAUUAUGUGCAAUAGAUAGCGCCAGACUCUAGGACUGCAGAGCACAGCCAGCUCCAAGCGCAGCUCUGAUCAAGACUGGGACACAGGAUACUGAGGCUCCCUCACUGCUGAUGUCAGCCCGUUCCAUGCCAGUCGGGACCCUUCUGGUUCAACAGGCAAUUAUUAAUAACAUCUUGAAGUGCUCCCAGCAUUUAUUCUUCACAACAGGCAGGAUUGUGAAACUUCAAAGGCCUGACCUCCUCCUGAAGUUUUCUGAUUGAUUGCAUUGAAUCUUGUUGGGGGCAAAAAAAACAAAACAAAACUGUUUGCUUCUCCAUCCUAAGUGAUCUGAUCUUGCUCGUACUCAGAAACCAUCAUCUCUUAGAGACUGGUGUUUAUUUUAUUCUUUUUUUUUAUUAUGCUCUACCUAUAAAGGGGGCCUGAGUCUGAGAGAGAUUCAGUUCUUUGUAUCAUCAAGAUUUGGCGAAGGGUGUUGUAACAGAGCAAGAUUCAUUUAGCAUUAGCGUCAGGAAAGUGUUGCUAGGGCUUGAGGUGGUCAAUGUGUGUACCGGAAGCUAUAUUCAUCAAGAUAUCACCUUAAGAAGUUGACCCUCUGCUGCCAUUUUAGUAAUCGGAAGAAAAAUUCUUUUUUUUUUAAGCAACAAGAAGUAUGACCUCCCAUGUUGUCCCACAAAAACCAUGGAGGUCAGAUUGAAUGUUUACCUUUCCGAUAAACAUUGUAUGUUUUUCAGCCUUUGCAUUUGCAUUUUGAGUUGACCUCUGUUUCAAUACUUACAGUUCUGAUCUCCUACUGACUCAUCUCCUCUUGCGUCUCAGAUGUGGUCAUUUGAGCUCAGUUGAUUUGAGUACAUUAUGUUAGCACCUUUGUUUCAAGCGAGCAGAAAUAUGUAAUAAUGGAAAAGCCUUUAAUCCUGCUUCUGGAUGGAAAGGCCCUUCAGUGGCCAACUAACAUGAUGUUGCACACUAGUAUUCAGUGAGAGUUGUUAUUUUUACUGUAUGUUAAUUUCACCACAAUUUGCAUUUGUCUUGCCAGCUCAUACCUCGAUGAAGCUUUUCUAGAGCCCUUUUAGACUCGGAUAUGGGGACCUGUUGGCUUUCAUUCCAGUCCAGCUCCCAAAAAAAAACCAUAAUUGAACUAGUAAUUUGAUCAGUGGGGAACCUUUUAAUUCUGUCAAAAACUGAGGUUGGCAUGUUGCUUUAGCAUCGAAAUAGUUGAAACAGUUCUGCUUGUUCAAGAGUGCGGGGGGAAGGGAUCUCAAGUGGGACAAGUAGUGGAGGAGUCCACUCAAGCGUAGGUUGAGCUGUGGAGUCUGGUUACUAGCCGACUGUGACGGGGAUUUCCCCAGUACAAUUGGCUGAGUGCUUCCAAGGGCAGGGUGGUGUUAGUCAGCCGUGGCACACAGUGACCACUUUAGUCUUGCUGGCAAGCGGUGCUGUCAGUGGGGGACGUGCCUUUCUUCCAAUUGGCGCUGAACCUCUAGUUCGUGCUGUGUUGCCAGUGACGUAUUGAAAGCUCUAAGACUCCAAGGUGGGUGAGUCAGGGGAGUCUUCCUGCCCUUCCUCAUUCUUCAGACUCUCCUGUGUGCGGUGACAAGGUUCAUAGCUGUAAUCUGAGAUGUGAGAAACUCGCAGUUGGCUCUUCCACAUCCUCUUGUUACAAUCAAAGAAUAUUUUUCAUAAAAAAAGGAUUAAAGUUGAUGCCAAUGGAGGCCAAUUUAUUAAUGUUAUUAGUUCAAUUAAGGUUACAGUUAGGUGACUGAGAGCACAACUGGAAUGAAACCUAGCAAGCACAGGAUCCCCCAAGAUUACAGUCAGGAGCCCCUGCACUGCUGGGUUAAUCUCAAAUAUUUGUACAUGGCAUUGGGUUGGUCUCCUGGUCUUUUCUGAGUCCUCCAAGUGCCACUGGCAAUGUGACAAAAUAAAUAUCAGCUCUGUGGGUGAUGAUUUAAUCUGGCAGGAAAAGCUUGGCCUGUUUGAAAAUUGAAUUUGUGGAGUGCACAGUUUCAACAGAACUGAUAAGCCGCCAGACAUGUGCAUGAUAGAAGCUCGGCUGCCGUCUGCGCUAUGAUGCCCUCUCAAUCGUUAAAAUGAAGGGAAGCAAAACUGAUUUUCUCUGCCACUUGUCGUUGAGGAUGACCCCCAACAGAUUUCCAGUUUUGGUGUAUGCCUGACUAGAUUAAGCAGUGUCUCAGUCCUUGCAGGCUUAUUGUGGCAAAACUUGCUUCAUUUUUAGGCUACAGAGGGAUUGGAUUCAAUUCAACUCCUGUUUUCCGGAUGUUCUAAGCAAUGCAUUUUGAGCCACCUUGUAACAGCAACAAAUGGUACAGCAAAGCAUUCUGAAAUACAAGAUCUUUCUUCUAAAGCUGUGUUAUUCUUCUAAGAAUGCGUUCAGAACAAAUAACAUUCAAAGCUUUAAGUGACUUACAUGAUUUUGGUAGAAUUUGUUCUUAAAUACUUGCUAUUCAGUGACAUUCUGCUUCUGAUUUAUUUGUCAGUCCAUAUGUUACAGGGAAGUGGUGACAUUAUCCCACCUUGCAGUGCAUUUAGAAAAGGAAAUGUGCUUUGCUCUGCUCUCCUCCUUUUGAAACUACAGGUGAGCACUGUCUAGGUUGUAAAAGUUCAUGGCACUACAAGAAAAAGGUGGGCCAGUCAUGUGCCUUCUUUUUUUCUCUAAAUGAAGGGAAUUUUUUUCCAUGUGGAGUGGUGUAAAAUAUUAUGUAUAAUGAUUUGUUUUGAAGAAAUGUUAACACUUUAAAAGCCAUAUAUAACGAACAAGUGUAAACUGAUAUAUCAAGACAUUCCAUGCCAAAUUUGAAGAACCUAAUCAGAAUCUAUGGUAACUGCUGACGAGUCAGUGAAAAUGCAUUUGGCCCUCAGUUCUAGCUUCAUAUGUGGUCAGUCUGUCCAGCUUUGCAGGAAUGUCCUCUGCGUGUUCUUGAGUGGCCCAAGCGAUCUGCUGCAUGUGUAAAGGAGGAACGUGAGGAUGUUUCAAAUGAGCCGGGAUUAGAGGUGAAAGAGUCCAUUGUAUGGACAAGCAAAAGUGCAGCAGCUAAUGGCAGCUAAUUUCACACCUCAGCCAGAGUGGUGCAGUGCAGAUCUGCACGAGCUGAAUUUCACUAGAGGAAUGUACGGGGUGCGUUAUUAAUUUCAGUGUUGCACUGCUCACUGCAACACACUGUUCUGAUACGAAGGAAACACUUGUAAAAACUACAAGAUGUCUAUUGUGAGCUGCGCUAAACAAAUAAUGACAUAAAGCAGUACUACAGUAACGCAUGCAUCACAACAACACACGCCAGUUUUGUUGUGAAAUAGUGGGGUCAGCAUUUGAUAUGGUGGUCUACAUUGUAGAAAUUAUCCUCUUUGGUUUGGUAGUGUUUUGAAAUGCCCUCUGUGUGACUUUUGCCCUCUAAUAAACCCCGCAGUUAACCUAUGUUGAAAAGGCUGAUUGGCUGAGAUGAAACCAUGUUUGAAUGCCUGAUUCUAAUGUAAGUCUGGUUCAACUCAUGAUUCAAUUUGUGCUGGUGCUGGGCAGCUGUUAUUUCUUUUUGUUUGAAAUAUAAACUGUGCUUUAUCCCGCACAAGUAGAGAACGAUCUUUUGCACUGCAGGAAAAAGCUCUAGUUUAACUGAAUCUGCAGCAUAAAUGACUCGGAAUUGCCUGAUGCCUGAUAUUGCAUUUAAACAGAAUAAAUCUGUAGAAACGCCAACAUUGUAAAAUUAGUAGGAAAUAUUACUUCUGUCUCACAUGGGCUGAGAUUGUGGUUCAAAUCGCUGAAUUUGUUCAGGAGUCGCAUGCCUUUUUAUGCUAAUGCAGACCAGUUCCUUCGUGCUACAGGAGAUUGACUUUCCAUUUUUAUGCCAGGGAAAGGAGUGUUUCUAAUGAUUAGAAUGAAAGGCAAAAAGAUAUUUAGUUUUUUGUUCUGUUGUGGCCAUUUCAUGAGUAGUUUCUUUAACUUGGUUCUAAAUGUCAUGUACACUGUCUCUUUGACUCAGAAGUAAAGAACUUAAUAUAAUGCAUAUUCAUUUCAAAACGGUCAAAAAUAUUUGAAUAACUGGUUACACAAGCCCUCUAAGUAAGUAGGAGGUAUAUUGGCUCCUGUGAAGAAAAACAGUUGAUUGAUUCUGAUUUAGCUUUAUCCAUUAGAAUACUAACAAUCCAGUUCGAACACAUCCCUUGAAAGGUUUUCAGACUAUUUCUGCACAGACAAAACAGAGCUGAUCGCCGCAUUUGGCAGCUUCAUUGCUGGUUGAACCAUUUCCCUUUUUUAAUUUUUUUUUCCUUAGAUGAUACUUCCUGUAGCUCUGGAUUUUCAGGCCUGUUUUCCUGUGUUGAAACGAAGGUCCCAUCGUUAGAGCUGAAUGCAUCUGAUGAACAGCUAGUGUUGGACCAGAGCUGUUCUGUAGUCAAUAACACCCAGCCCAAUAUCUGCUGACUCUGCUAUAAUAUUAGCUCCAGACCUUUCUUUUUCUUAUUACCAGAUGGACAGGAGAGCUUAACCCUAACCCUGACAGCACCAUCCCUGAUUUGUUAAAAAUGAUUGGUUAAACAAUUAAGAGGGACAAAAUUCUCUGAUGGUAUAGUUGACUUGUUAUUUUUUCUGCAGGGAGUUACAUUUGAUUUUUAAAAAACUGCAUUUUCUAUAACAUUUCCUAGCAAAUAUUGUGGCCUGCUUGUAAAGGAUAUAAUAAUAUGAUGGUUUAAAGGCUUGUUUUAGGCGUUUGUACUUUUCAGUAGCAUUUUUUCUCCCCGGAAGUCUAUAUGCUUUGAUAAUUCUUCCAACAGGUUUUUAAGACAAAUGUUGGGGUUUUCAAGAUGUGGUCAAAAGGCAGUGAUGGCGCUUGUGCACUAAGAUAUGAAGCUAAAAUUGUGGAUCAUGUUUAGGAAUCAGAAGCUGGCUGGGCAUCUUCAGUUGAUUUGGUAUGGAAUCCUGUCUAUGUGUUUGUGUGUGGGUGUGUUUGUACAGCAUAUAAGAAUUCCUGUCUUCUCUGACCUUUUGUAUUAUACUGUAAAUUGUUUUUUUUCUGACUAUUUAUUGUCAACAGUUGAAAAGACAACAAGGUGUUUUUGGUUAUUUAAUAUUUCAAGAAAAGGAAACGUGGAACCUCCAGUUUUAAGAGUUUCUCGUUUUGUAACAGGUGUUUUUACUUUUGUGGCCCUAAAUACAAUUUUAAAUUUGUUUUU